GUUGUGCAGAGCUGCAGAAGGGCCUGCCGAGCCAACCACUGCGCUGAGAGAGAGAGAGAGAGAGAGAGAGAGAGUAUGAAAGAGAGCAAGAGCGCAAGCAGCAGCAGGCAGACAGCGUGAGGGAGUUCCAACCGUUCAUUUCAUCAUCAUCCAGAAAACAAACGACAGCAGCAAAGGGCAGCGGAGGACGACAACGUCAGAAGGAGGGAUAAAAAUAAGAAAGAAAUCCUCCGAGCCUGGAAAAAGAAACAGUGAAAGGAGAGACUGAGUAAAGAAAGGAAGGAAGGAAGGAGGGAGGGAGAGGGGUGAGGAGGGGCUCCUCACAUCGUCGGAGUCUCCUUGCUCACACGCAGCAAGAUUUUGGCAUUCUCUGGUUUGCUUCUCUUUCUUCGUUUGCCCUCCAUCCUUUCAUUUUCUUUGAGAAAGAGGGGAGAGGAGGAGGAGGAGGCAGCCCCCCCACGCCUCCCGGCUGAGACGAACAGCACAGAGAGGAGGUGAAGAGGGGGAGACACUAAAGAGGAGGAGAGACAGUUAGAGAGAGAAAGAGAACGUGGUUUUAUUUGUUCCUUGUUGCCUCUAUCGUUCCUUUGGGAGCGAGCGGCUGGAAGCCUCUGCUCAUGUCCGUCAACUCAGAAAAAUCCUCGUCCCCGGAAAGGCCUGAGACACAGCAGAAAGUCCCAUCCGCUCCACCUCCACCUCCCCCUCCGCCCCCCCCACCUGAGCCAGUUGCACCCCCAGAGCCAGAGGAGGAGAUUUUGGGGUCUGACGAUGAGGAGCAGGAGGACCCAGCAGACUACUGCAAAGGAGGGUACCACCCAGUAAAGAUAGGAGACUUGUUUAAUGGGAGAUACCAUGUGAUUCGAAAGCUAGGUUGGGGCCACUUUUCUACUGUCUGGCUAUGCUGGGAUAUUCAAGGGAAGCGUUUUGUGGCGAUGAAGGUGGUGAAGAGUGCUCAGCAUUAUACAGAAACAGCACUGGACGAGAUCAAAUUACUCCGAUGUGUACGUGAGAGUGACCCCAGUGAUCCUAAUAAAGACAUGGUGGUUCAGCUCAUCGAUGACUUCAAGAUCUCUGGGAUCAACGGGAUCCAUGUAUGUAUGGUGUUUGAGGUCCUCGGCCACCAUUUGUUGAAGUGGAUAAUCAAGUCCAACUAUCAGGGCCUGCCUUUACCUUGUGUGAAGAGCAUCAUUAGACAGGUCUUACAGGGUCUGGACUACCUCCACACUAAGUGCAAGAUCAUUCACACAGACAUCAAGCCAGAGAACAUCCUAAUGUGUGUGGAUGAUGCCUUCGUCAGACGCAUGGCUGUGGAGGCGACCGAGUGGCAGAAAGCAGGAGCGCCCCCUCCCUCAGGAUCAGCAGUCAGCACGGCUCCCCAGCUCAAACCAGUGGGGAAGAUUUCCAAAAACAAGAAGAAGAAGCUGAAGAAGAAGCAGAAGCGACAGGCAGAGCUUCUGGAGAGGCGCAUCCUGGAGAUCGAGGCACUGGAGAGAGAGGCAGAGAGACAGAAGGCCAACGAAGGGACAAACCCCCCACCGGGGCCUGCACUCGCUCUCGGAGAUAGUGAAGAUGAGGAUGACGAAGAUGAGGAGGCAGAGGAAGACGGGGAGGGAGAGGGAGAGAGGGAGCGACCUGUCAGACUGACCAACCACACAUGUGCAGCUCCUCCAGACCAACAGCAGCAGGACGAAGAUGAGGACUGUGAGGUGCCUCCCAACACUCAUGUUCCUGACAAUGAAGUCCCCUUAUUUGAGAGAGACACAAACACGCCUUCACACGAGCAAGUCAGCAACCCUGUUAAUGAGGAGGAGGAGGAGGAGGAGCGAGAGGAAACGGAAGAAGUGGAGGAAGAGGAGGAGAAAGCAGCAGAGGAGCAGGAAGCUGGAGCAGAACAGGCAGAAGAAGAAGCGGAGGAAGGCUGUGCCAAAGCCUCUCCUUCUGAUGAGAAGCUGGAGCCAAAGGGGGAGAAGUGCCCCAAGGAGGAGCAGCCGGAGCUACCCAAAGAAGAAGAGGGAAGAGGGGUAGAGGAAGGUGACGACGAUGAAGAAGAUGAAGAUGACGAUGAAGAUGAUGAUGAUGAAGACGAAGACGACGACGAAGCAGAGGAUGAAGGACAAGAGCUCAGGAACUCUACAGAGGGUCACAAUGAUACACCGAAAACCAAUGGUCAUGUGAUCCUGGAUGCAAAAGACCAUGAUCAUGUAUCACUCGCUCUACCCCCAGCGCCCUCUCCCUCCCCCUCACCUCUGCUCUGCCCCCUGGUGGAGUCAGAGAUUAGCACCACUGACCGGGAUGCCUCUGACGCUUCCUAUGAGUUGUUUAACGGUGAGACGGUGGCUCUCACUAAUGGGGCGAGACACCGAGGUACUGCUCCACGCUUCCCCGAACUGCCCCUGGACCCUGAACCAGGAGAGUGUGGGCCAGACGAGGGAGAGCCCCCAUUGAGUCCAAACGCUGACCGCAGUCGCACAGUCUCAUCGUCCAGCACUGGGGAUACACCUAAAGCUAAGGCGCGAGCUGCUGAUCUUCUGGUGAAUCCUCUAGACCCUCGCAAUGCAGACACACUCAGAGUGAAGAUAGCGGACCUGGGCAAUGCCUGCUGGGUGCACAAGCACUUUACAGAAGACAUUCAGACCCGGCAGUACCGCUCUAUUGAGGUUUUGAUUGGUGCAGGUUAUAGCACUCCUGCAGACAUCUGGAGCACUGCAUGUAUGGCGUUUGAGCUGGCCACAGGAGACUACUUGUUUGAGCCCCACUCAGGAGAGGACUACUCACGUGAUGAAGACCACAUCGCUCUGAUUAUGGAGCUGCUGGGAAAAGUCCCACGCAAAGUCAUCGCUGCAGGAAAAUACAGCCGUGAGUUCUUCUCAAGAAAAGAGACAGAGCCCCCUGAGCCAAGGUUCUGCCACAGAACUGUUUACAACCCUCCCUCGCCCCCCAGAAUCCACCCCAAGAAAACCUCACAGCUUACACUCACCCAGAGCUGCAUGCCACUCUCCAGGCCCCUGCAGACACAAAGGAGACUCCAAGACAGCAGGGGGAGCCACACCUGCUGCCUCUGGAUUAAAACAGAAAUGAAAGAGAGUGCAUAGAGUGAACAAAAAAGGAAUACAAGAGACUUCUACAGACUGCUCAUUGUUGUUGAUUACUCAGUGGUGAGUUAAUGAAAACAUGGAGAGACUGAUGCCGAAAAAGGACAAGCAAAACGAUGUGCAUUUCACUCAUGUGUUGAGAUUCCUCUACUUCAUUUCUGUCAGUUCGCUCAUUUUUUAAACAGGGUGAAGCCGGAGUCCUUGACAGCGAGGGCCUCUGGUUAGAGCCUCCUGCUGUUGUUGACGCUCUAAGCAUUCCUGACCCUGCUGCCACAUUUAUGCUUCCUACUGUUGUAAGAUGAGAACAAUUCUUUUUAUUUUCGUCAGCAAGCACCUUCAUGUUUCUAGCAAGGCGAACCCAAACCUGUCCUGGUUCUACCUGAACCCCUUUUGUUCCUGAACAUCUCCAACUGAGGAUGUGUAAAAACUGAAGUUGCACUUGUGUUUAUAAGUUUCGUUCAAGGAUAACAACCAAUGUACAGAGCUCCACUGGUCCAGCUACAAAAUCUGCUCCACCGCAAAGACUAAAAUGCAGCUUAGUUGAAGGAUGGAGCCUUGCUGCCAUGGAGACAGUUACAGUGACACAGCUGUUGCUGUGGGAGGCUGUUGGAAUGUGAGACUGACUGUCACCCCUGUGGCUGAAAGAGGGUACUGCACACCCUGCACACACUGCAGCUCUCUCUCAGUGCCAACGCCACAUUUCCACUGUCCAGACUCAAUCUCUCAUCAUCACAGUUAGUCCAGUCGCCUAUUUUCGCAAUAAAAACGAGUAUAAAUAGAUGGUGAAAUAUUUUUAAAAACAAUAUUUAAUUCAUUUAAAAGAAAAAAAGAAGAAAUUCUGAUGUUGUGACAGUGACCGAAUUUCGUCUUAUUAUUGAGGUGAUUGUGUUUUGUCUGUUUAGAGAUGUUUUUAUUUCUUUUGUAAUUAUUAUAUGAUUAUAAUUAACUAUUAUUGCCAUUAGUUUUUUUUUUUGUUGUUUUUUUUUUUGUUGUUGUCAUCUCUUCCCUUUCUCAUUACAUUGAACAGUGCUGCUCUGUAUGGACUAGUGUGAUGGUGAUGAAAUUAAUCAAACAUUUUUGCAAUAAUAGUGAUGAAUUUUUGCACCAAAAGCUCCUGAUCUCUCACUUAGCCAUGCUGACUGUUCUUCCCGACAUUGACAGAAUAGCAUCUCUCCUUGUCUGUGUUUUUCAUUGACAGAUUUAAUAAAAUUGUAAAUUAAUGGA